AUGCCCUCUGACUACGAUUAUUCUGACAACAACAACGACGAGGACAACAACAACAACGAUAACAACAACAACAAUAGCAACGACGACAACAACAACAACGAUAAUAACAACAACAAUGAUAACAACAACAACAACAACAACAACAAUAGCAACGACGACAACAACGACAACAAAAACGGCAAUAACAACAUCAACGAUUAUAACGACAACAACAACAAAAACAACGACAAUAAUAACAACAACAGGAAUCGUAAAUCUCCACCACCGCCGCCACCGCCACCACCACCACCUCCUCCACCACCACCAUGGACGCCACCGCCGCCGCUGCCACCCUCACAUCCAAAGUUCGCUCCUCCACAUCAUCAUUCUAAUUCCGAUGUUAAUGACAGCGGUAACGACAUACUGAUUGUGGUAGGAGCAGUACUAGCGGCAGGAUUAUUGUUUUUCCUCAUGAUAUUAUGUGUUAUGGCAUGUCUCAAGAAACGAAAGAGAAGCCGGCGUGACGAGAUGUAUUAUUAUAAAGACAAUGGUCAACAAACAGGUAUUAACUUACCAAUAUAUAGUUGA